GUGAAUAUAUUAAUGAUGAAAAUGGAUCUAUUGAACAAGAUAUUAAUUCUCCAAAUAAUAUUAUUAUGAGUUAAUAACAAGAUUAAAUAAGCUCCCAAAAAUAAAUAUAUUAAUAGGAAAAUUAACAGAAAAAUCAAUUAUAAUAAAGUAUAUCAUAAAAGAAUUAUUUUGCAACAGAAAAUGAAGAAAUAAUUUGUAAAAAUAAAUUAAAAAAUUAAAAUUUAUUUAUAAAAAUUAGUUUGUCCAAGCGAUAGUGAAAGAAGAGAAAAAAGGCCUUUAUAUAUUUUCAAUAGUUUAUCAAUUUAUAAUGGUGAAUGGAAAGGGAAUAAAAAAGAUGGUUUUGGAAUUUAAAAAUGGAUAGAUGGGGCUAAAUAUGAAGGAGAAUGGGAUAAUAAUAAACCAACUGGAAAAGGUAAGUUUUACUAUGCUGAUGGAGAUGUUUUUGAUGGUAUAUGGAAAAAUGGUAAAGCUAAUGGUUAUGGAGUUUAUAUUUAUUCUAAUGGAGUUAAAUAUGAAGGAGAAUGGAAAGAUGAUUUAUAACAUGGUAAAGGAAAGGAAACAUGGAAUGAUGGCUCCGUUUAUGAAGGAGAAUAUUUUAAUGGAUAAAUAUAAGGAUAAGGAAAUUAUAAAUGGCCUGAUGGUUCAUUUUAUAAUGGAGAAUGGAAAAAUAAUAAAAUAAAUGGUCAAGGAAUUUUUGAAUGGAAAGAUGGAAGAGUUUAUAAAGGAUAAUGGUUAAAUAAUAAUAUGCAUGGAAAUGGUAUUUAUAAAUGGAAAGAUGGAAGAUAUUAUUAAGGAUAAUAUUAUUAUGAUAAAAAGCAUGGUAAAGGUAUUUAUAUGUGGGCUGACGGAAGAAAAUAUAAUGGAGAGUGGGAAAAUGGUAAAUAACACGGAAAAGGAAUAUACACAUUAGCAGAUGGAACUAUUUUAUAUGGAAUAUGGGAAGAUGGAAAAAAAAUAGAAUGGGUAGAUGAUUUUACUUAAAAAAAUAGUUGAUAUUCUAGCAUUUAUAUUAAUAUGGAUAUAUUCUAAGUAAUAA